AUGUUUAAUUUAAAACAGUUCUCGAGGAACUCACAUCAUAGCCAUGAUCCAAAUUCAAUACAACCCAUUUUCAAAGAGUCAUAUUGGCAGUGGUAUAUAGAGAGCUAUCUCAGGAACGAUAGGGAAACUACUAUAAAACAUACACCUUAUUUAAUAACCAAGUUUAGUGAGAAAUCGCCCGAAGUUGUCAAAAUACGAAGCUUUUUUGAGCAAAUGCAGUUACCAGUACCUUGUGUUUUGGAAGUUAUCGCUAUACUUAAAUCGCCACUAACUGGGGGAGACUUAAACAGGACUUUCUACAUACUUCGCAUGUUUCAAUUAAGUACAGAAGGAUGGUUUCUUACCAAUUCAAGAAUUGAUAAGUUGGGCAACAAGUUAACCUAUGUUGGUGCAGAAAAUUGGGAUAACGUGUUGUGCUACAUGGAUGCGUUAUUGUUUGCCAUGUUUGCCAAUUUGGAUAGCUUUGAGCCAAUUUUAUUCAUACCUAAUCAGAAUGAUCCCCUAGUGGCACAGCUUUCAGCCUUGUUGAGGGUUUAUGUAUCAUUACUACGUCUGGGAUAUCUAAUCACAACCGAUCUCACUGCGCGUAUAUGUGAAGGGUUGAUGAAGCUAGGGUUUGAUGAAGCAUUGAGCCACAAACAACAAGAUGCAGCUACUUUGUUUGAGUUUCUUACAGAAGUGUUGAAUAUGCCGUUGUUGACCUUCAAAGUUGAUAUAAAACAUGGCGGUAAAUUCAAUAAAAAAGAUGAUCAAAAACUUUCAAAAGAAAGGAUAUUAUUUGUUAGCAUACCUGAUGAAGACGAAGAUGAAAAGAAGGAGUCAGAAGGUUCGCCAGACUCGGACAAUCUUACUCAAUCCAUUUCAAGUUUGAAUCUGAGUGGGUCGGAAAUGGAUGAAUCGAUAUUAUUGGAAGAGUGUUUGGAACAUUACUUUAAUAACUCCAUCAGUGUCAAGCGUGAAUUGGAAAGGCGUGCUUCUUUGUCUAACGUCCCCACUGGUGCUUCAUUCAACGAUAUACCUGAAAAUGCUCCAGUAGAAGUCACGCAUCAUGAUUCAAGCAAGCAUUUUGUUGAAGAAGUUGAAAAUAUUGAGGAAAAGAUUAAAUUGCGAGAUCGGUCGGAUAGUAGGAAAAGUGAUGGGAUUAGAGUCGGCACCAGGACUAGAUCCUCCACGUUGUCCAUCUGGUCUACAAAUGAUAAUGAUCGAAGAGACUCGAAAAAGUCCAAUGAGGUUAAUCUCCCUGCGUGGAUGUUUUUGAGACUAUUACCUUUUUACACUGAUGAUAAUAUAUUGACGGAUAAUUUUGAAAGCACAGCAAAAUCAUCAAGAGAUUUUGCCAAUAGAAGACCAAUACUACCCAUAUGUCUAAAAAGGUACCAUAUGCAUACUGGUGAUUCGUCAGGUACGAAAUCGCGCAAACGUAUAAUCAUUCCACCUUUUAUUGAUCUUCCUGAUUUUGUUGCUGAUGAUAUUGAUGGGCCAGUUUCGUCAUUCAGGUUGAUACUUGAAAGUGCCAUAUGCCAUCGAGGAAAAGCAAUUGAGCUGGGUCAUUUCGUUGCUGUAGUGAGAAAAAACAUUGAAGAUAUUAACCAAACUGAAGAUGAAGCUUAUGAGUCAAAGUGGUUUCUAUAUGAUGACAUGAAAAAAAGUCUGAGGAUUGUGGAAAACACAUUUAAGGAGAUUUUUGCAACUGAGUGGCCAUAUAUGUUAUUUUACAGGUUAGUUUCCACGAAUGAGCCUAGCACUGUUUCAUCGAUCAAAAGUGAAGUGGUACCUCAAAGUGGAUGUAAGCCGAAAUACUGGGAUGAGGCAAUGAAGCCAGUGAAUCAAGGAACAGUUAUAUCGCCUAUUUUAUCGACAAAUGGCAGCGAAGUGAGUGAUCCGCCUGAGAAACAACCUUUGAAGGUUCCCAAAGUUCGGGCACCCGCUACUGUUGUUUCCCCAAUUUCACCUGCUGACCCCGAUUACAUCGAUAUUCGCAAUCGAUAUUUUUGGUUUAUCCCUGAUGAAAAUAAAAAUUACUAUAAAGAAGAAGUCAUGGUUCUAGAUGGAACUUCAUCGGUUAAUUUCAGUCCUCAAUUUAGACGCAAUAGUCAAUGGAGCUUGACGUCGAACAUUAGCAACAUACAUUUAGCUAAAUCCUCUCUGGGUCAUUUACCAGAAAAGAAUGAUCCUUUAUCAGCCACCACUUCGGAAAAGCAAAACUCAUUGGAUAUCCCCAAUGAUGAUAAGCAAGUGCCAAAAUUGGAGAAAAGUAGUACCGGAUCCAUAUGGAGGAGAAGAAAGAGUCCUAGAGUUAAGGCAGAGUCGGUUGAGCCGGUUGAAGAGGAACAAAUUUCAAAAUUGGAUGAACCUAAACAGACAUUUCCUCAAACGUUGCGCAAUAAAGAGAACAACACAAACGUAACCUCUCAUGAUCAUAGUCAUGGGUUACUACAUAGAUCUAGGCAUCGAAGAGAUGCAUACAAGAAGGAAAAGUGUAUAAUUACAUAG